AUGGCAUACUUCAGCAAGCCCCAGAGCUUGACCACCAUGCUGUUUGCCUUGUUUGCUUUCCUGCACUUCACAGUCGCGCUCCAGCACGGAUCCCACCACCACCGCGCUCGCCACUCCGCAGACGCCGUCAUCAAGAGGCAGAUGGACGAGAUCGCUGACAGCCUGGUUGCCCGUCAGUCGAGUGGAUUCACCGCCGUCACCGGCGUCUGCAACACGAACACCGGCAGCGAUGGCGCCUGCAACAGCAACGGCCGUGUCUCGGCGCCCCGUCUCGAGAUCCGCCAGCUGAAGCAGAACGCCGACCAGUGGAAUCUGUACCUCCUCGGCAUGGAGAGGUUCCAGGCAAAGGACAAGAACGACAGGCUCUCGUACUACCAGGUCGUCGGUGUCCACGGCCGUCCCUUCACCACAUGGAACAACUUCCCCACUCCGCUGCUCAACCAGGCUGGCUUCUGCCCCCACGCACAGACCCUCUUCGGUUCCUGGCACAGGCCGUACCUGGCCCUCUUCGAGCAAGCCUGGUACCAGAACGUCCAGGAGGUCAUCAAGACCUUCCCCGCCGGCCAGCAGAGCCGGUGGAACCAAGCUGCGGCCACGCUGCGCAUGCCCUACUGGGACUGGGCGCAGGACCCCGGCGCUGGCGGCGCCACUGUGCCCACCUUGAUCCGCGACCAGACCGUCACCGUCACCAAGCCUUCUGGAACAGUCUCCAUCCCCAACCCUCUCUACUCGUACAGCUGGGGUAACACUCUGCCUACGGAGAUGGGUGGUGGCCCGUGGAACAACUUCCCCAGCACGCUCCGUCGCCCGGUUGCCAGCCCGACCCGCAGCAACAACAACGAGAUGAACGCCCGCUUCAAUUCGAUGCGCGUCUCUCUCCGCGACCGCGUCUUUGCUCUCUUCUCCAGCAAGCAGGCCUGGGGUGCCGCCUCCACCUCCCAGAUUGGUGUCCGUACCGAUCUCUCCGGCAGCGGUGUCGACAGCUUCGAGUCCGUCCACGACGCCGUCCACAACACCGCCGGCGGUGAGACGGGUGGCCACAUGUACUACCUCGACAUCUCUUCUUUUGACCCCAUUUUCUGGCUCCACCACACCAACAUCGACCGUCUGCUUGCCAUGUACCAGCUCAUCGUGCCCAACACGUACGUCGCCAACGGCAACAUCAACCACCCCAUGGCCCAGUGGCAGCAGGGCGAGGCCAAGAACAGCUACACGCCCCUCAAGCCCUUCACCAAGAACACCAAGGGCGACUACUUCACCUCCCAGGAUGUCAAGGAGACGCGUGUCCUGGGAUACUACUACCCCGAGACCAGCGACCGCUCCUACUCGCAGGUGGCUCGCGCCGUCACCAGCCUCUACGGCGCCGGUUCCAGGACGCUUACCAAGCGCGAUAACGAGACCACCGCUGAGACUGGCCAGUACCUUGGCCGUCCUCUCAAGGAGGGUGACUACCACCACGUUCUCUCUGUUGUCGCCAACAAGUACGCGAUGGAGGGUUCGUACACUGUCCACUGCUUCAUCGGCAAGCCCGGCUCCAACUCGACCUCCCACUCGACUGCCCCCUACUCCAACGCGACCGCUCCCUACCCAGUCUCCAACUCGACCGCCCCGUACAUCAACGGCACUGACUCGGAGGCUGACUACGACCCGUCGACCGACUACACCCAGGACCCCAACUAUGUCGGUGCUUACGGUGUUCUCGGCGGCUCCAUGGCUGGUGGCGGCAACGCCACCUACCCCGUCAUGACCGAGGGCGCUCUUCCCCUAACCAGCUGCCUUCAGGGCAAGGAAGCCGAGGGCAGCCUCAAGUCACUCCACCCCGACGACGUCGAGCCCUACCUUGCGGAGAACCUCUACUACAAGGUGGUCGGCGUCAAGGGCGAGCUGAACCCGGACGACAUCCCCGACUUCCACGUCUACGCAAAGUGCACAAAGGUUACGCCCGCCGCCUCGGACGACGAACUCCCCGACCUCAGCGCCCCGUACCAGAAGCUGCCCAAGGCCACCGAGAACAAGCCUGCCGGCAAGCCCUUCACCUACACACCUACGCCCUUUGACAUCCCGCUCCCCGAGGGCGACGAGUACAACGAGCCCACGGUUGGCAACAGCGGCUCCACCUCGCCUUCCUACCCCGGCGCGGGUGUCUUCCCGUACCCGACGCUGCCGUGGGAGGAGCAGGGUUACUGCGUCUCCAAGCAGACGAUUGAGUAUGUGGACCAGGAUGGCAACUUUUUGUACUCUGAGAUGUAG